UAACUAUUGAUGCAAAACAAACGACUGUUGCAAAAUAAUUUUAUCAGGAUUUAUCAGGACAACAGGAGCAAAUAUAACCUAAAAAUCAUUAAAAUAUAUCAAAAUCAUGACUUCCAUUUUGUCAAGGACAUCUUUGAUCGUGAUGAGUAGGUCCUGUCGCAGGUCUUUCUCGGUUUGUGCCCGCUUGCUGGGGGAAAACAAGUAUACGCAGGUGAAACAGGAAAAUGGGAUAAGGACAAUCACACUGAAUGACCCCAAAAAAAGGAAUGCAUUAUCCCUAGGAAUGUUGCAACAACUACAGAGAGACUUACAGACAGAAGACCCUGCUCUCCGCGUCAUAAUUCUGUCACACGUCGGGCCAGUAUUUUCUGCAGGGCAUGACCUUAAAGAAUUGACCAGCAAAGAGGGAAGGGAAUACCAUACAAAAGUGUUUUCUACAUGUACACAAGUUAUGUCCUCCUUGCAGGACUUACCAGUUCCUGUGAUUGCACAAGUGAAUGGUCUUGCCACAGCUGCUGGGUGCCAGAUGGUGGCAAGUUGUGACAUUGCUGUGGUAACAGAGAAGUCAAAGUUUGCAACACCGGGUGUGAAUGUUGGGCUUUUCUGCUCCACCCCUGCUGUCGCAGUGGGACGGUCCGUUCCUCGCAAAGUCGCUAUGGAGAUGUUGUUUACUGGUCUACCAAUCACUGCACAAGAAGCCUUGCUGCAUGGACUAGUCAGCCGUGUUGUGUCAGAGGAAAAGUUGGAAGAGGAGACAAUGCGGAUAGCUCAUAAAAUCUGCGAGUUCAGCCGUUCAGUGAUUACAUUAGGAAAGCGCACAUUCUACAAACAAAUGGCCUUAGACAGAAAACAAGCCUACAAUUUAACAGAGGGUGUGAUGGUGGACAACCUGGCUUAUCAGGAUGGACAGGAGGGUAUCAAGGCAUUCGUUGAAAAGAGACAUCCAACAUGGUCACAUAGCGAUGAUAAGGCUCAUUGAUAAAUCAUAAGAUAGGG